UUGAGUUGCAAGGGUAAUCACGAAUUUGUAUGCGAGUUACCCGAAAUUCUAAAUUUAUCUGUAUUUUAAACUUUUAGAUUUUGACAUAAAUUAAAUAGAGGUAAUCGUUGUUGAAUUUUUGUACAGUAGGUGUCUGCAUUCAAGCUUUAAAAAUUCAAAAAUUAGGUAAAGUUUUUUUUCUCUUCGGAGAAUUAGCAACCCAUAACCAGAAAUCGCAGAAUUUCUCGUUUUAAAUUUUGGACGUACAGUAGAACUUGACAGUUCUAGAGAAAUAAAGUGUGAAGUUCACAGAAGCAAUAAUUGAUACUUGUACAUUCACCUCUACCACAUUGAAUUUAUUGUUGCAUUGCAUUGUUGCAUCAUUGUUGCAUCACCUUACUUUCAAAUCAAAGUUUUACAAGAAAUCCUUCAACUGUUAUUCAUUUAACAUGGCACACUCAAUCAGCAAAAGCUCAACUCCACAGAGACAAAGCCAAAAUAAAACUUUUGAAGAAUAUUGGGAUGAAAAAGAUGUUGAAGAAGGUUUACUCAAUGGAUCUCUGUUUGAAGGUGUCUUAAGAAUCAAUCCAAGAAACUACAAAGAGGCCUAUAUUUCUGCACCUGACGGAACAGAGGACUUUCUGAUUGAAGGACUUCUACACAGAAAUAGGGCACUUAAUGGGGAUGUCGUGGUUUGCAAGGUGCUGACCGUACAAACAGAAAAUAAAUGUGAAAAAAUAAAUGGCCAAAGUCCAACUUCACAAAGUGAGCGGCCAAGCAAACAACCUACACCUAAAAACGUGAUGGAAGAGAGCAAGAUGAAGGAGAAUAUUCUAAAAAUGGCUGUUAAUGAAAGCAUAGAUAAAAAAUCAUCAGAUCUCCAUGGCCCAAGAAACAUGAAACCUAAAAGCCAGAGAAAAAAAAAGAAAUUGAAAGAAGAUAACUCCAAUGUAACCCAUGAUACCUCUACAGAUUUGCAAAGCAAAAAUUCAGAUAUUCCGCCGCAAAGCCUUUCAGAGCUAGAAAAAGUACCCAAGACGGAAAGCGCUGUGGAGGAGGAAAAAAAAAGAACUCGUCGACCAAAAAAGAAGAAAAAUAUGAUGGUUGAAAGUCUUGCUACGCAACUAACAGAAUCGUGUGCCAUUGGAGAUUCUGUAGUGACAACCACCAACAUAGUGACCCAAGCAGUAGUAAAAAUCGCCACACAAAGCACACCUAUUACAAUCACGGAAGAAAUUGUAGAAAUUAACCAGCAGAGCUCAAAUCUUCCACGUAAAAUAGCCAAGGUUGUAUUUAUCAAAGAACUUAAGCAUUCGCGUUGUGCCAUUGGCAGUUUGAAACAAUGGCCUUACGGUCAGUCCGGUCCAAUACCAAGUUGGAUUUUGUUUUCGCCCAAGGAUCACCGUAUUCCUCGCAUGAAAAUACCGUUCACACCAGCGCUAUCCAGCUGCCUCUCCCAACCUAAUAUGCUCUAUUUGGCUCGGAUCGAUUCGUGGGAAGACAUCAAUAAUCCACUUGGUUCGCUUUGUUAUUUCAUUGGCCAAUCCGGCGAUAUUGAGGCUGAAACAAUAGCUCUUUUACUGGAACACCAGGUCGAUUAUGGUCAGUUCCCUCAAGAAGUCUUUGAUAGUCUUCCGUCACUUCCUUGGAGUAUACCACCAGAAGAAAUUCGAAAACGUCGAGACUUUAGAGAAGAGUGUAUAUUCACGAUAGAUCCUGCUGAUGCUCGUGAUCUUGAUGAUGCUGUAUCUGGCCGGUUCCUGAGAAUGGCUGAGGAUGGAAUCACAAAGUUGUAUCAAGUCUCUGUCCAUAUUGCUGACGUCAGUUUCUUUGUUCAAGACAACACCGUCCUCGAUGACAUUGCAUCCCGGAGAGCCACCAGUACCUAUCUAGUCGACAGGGUGAUUCCGAUGUUGCCGUCCGUAUUAUGCGAGCACGUUUGUUCACUAAAUCCUGGUGAGGAUCGUUUAGCUUUUAGUGUUGAAUGGAUAGUUAAUGAUCGCGGAGAAAUUUUGGAAGAAUGGUUUGGCCGUUCAGUUAUUCGUUCAUGUGUAAAACUAAGCUAUGACCAUGCCCAGACUGUUAUCGAAGGAAGAGAUGUCAGUAAUUGGCCGGUUAUCAAAGGACCUUAUCCCACGUCAGAAAUUUGCAAAUCUAUCCUAGUCCUCCAAGAAUUAGCUGGUCAUUUGCGUAAAAAACGCGUGGAUCAAGGUGCGCUUAGAAUCGACCUGCCUAGGCUGGCCUUCAGUAUGGAUUGGGAAACUAGAACCCCAAUAGGAUUUCGAGUUUAUGAGCUAAAGGAAUCAAAUAGGCUGAUCGAAGAGUUCAUGUUGCUGGCCAACAUGCGUGUUGCCGAAAAAAUUUACGGGGUUUUCCCUGAAUUAGCCGUUCUACGUUCACAUCCACCUCCCCCCACCCAUAAAUUGGAACAACUUGCGGAGACACUACAAACAAUCGGCAUACAUCUCGAUGUUACUAGUUCAGCAACGCUGCAAGAAUCACUGUUGCGAUAUGGUCAAGGCAGCACUGACCCCAUUUCAAUGGGAAGAAAUCUUGUGAUAUCUAAUUUGCUGGCCAAGCCAAUGAAGUGUGCUUCGUAUAUUUGUUCCGGAAUUGUAAAGAAAGAAGAAAAUUUUCGCCAUUAUGCCCUCAGCGUGCCCUUUUACACUCACUUCACGUCACCCAUUCGGAGAUAUCCGGAUAUCCUUGUCCAUCGAUUGCUAAGUGCUGCUCUGGAACAAGAGGCUUUAGACCAUUGGGAUCAAAACGUCAUCAAAAGGUUGUUGGACAAUUGUAAUUCGAGAAAACUAGCCGCCAAAGCUCUUCAAGAAACGCAUUCUGAGCUUCAUCUGGCUAAUUUAAUUCGUAAAAGUGGUUCAAUCGAAGUCAAGGGAAUUGUGUUAGCAGUGCUCGACCAUUCCGUUGACGUUGUUUUAAUUUAUCUGGGAAUCAUACGUCGUCUUUAUCUAGAGAAACUGCCAUUGACGAUGACACACGAAAACUACAACGGAAUUGGAAGGUUGACUUUAGUGUGGGAUCCCGAAUCGGCGGGCGAACAGCCAAUUCGUCAAGUUAUCUCCGUUUUCAGCCUUUUAGAAAUCCUGCUCGUCCCACAUACUGAAAACGAGAAACUCGAUUUUAAUCUGGUGUUGCAGCGGCCCACUAAAACGCCGUAAUUAUUAUUUUGUUUAUUUCCUUUCAUCUCCUCGAGACCUUUUUUUUUUUUCAAAAUUUCGGAAACGAUUCCUUUAGCUUUAGAUUUUAUUCAUUUUUUUUCUUCUUUUUUAUUUAAAAUUAUUAUUAUUCAUUUUUUUGCAUAUGGGAGUUUUCCUUAUGGGUAAACGGGCGACUGUUCGUUUCUUUGUUUCCGAUCAAACGUUACAUUAAAACGGGUGGGAAAUUCAGGUGCAACUUACGCUGGUUUCGAUUUCUAUAAGUUUUUACCAUUUUGCGGGAUUCCCUUUUGAUAUUGUUUUAUCUGCGCGCAUUUUGCAUGUCAUAUUUUCUUAAUUGACCCAACUUGCGAUUAGAAAUUGGUACCCCAUGACAUAUGCAGUCAUACUUUGGGUGAUACUUUGGACUAUUUCAAGUAAAAAUCUUGAUGUUUAUUCUUUUGCAUCAGAUCAUCGACAAGAAAUGUUGAAAUUUUUCAAGUUAUAUACGCAGCUUUGUGGAUAACAUUUUUAACCAAGCCAAUCAAUACAGAUGAUCAUAAGAG